CUUUGCCCCGUCUAAGAAGCUACCGUCCAGCAUAGCCGCUAAACAGUGAACCACCUGUUCACUCACCUGAGCAUCGAGGCCGCAGGGACCCAGACCCCGUCCCACCCAGAGUCCUCGGGAGCUGAAGACACUCCGAGCUGCGCUGGGGAGGCAGAGAAGGAAAGGAGACAACUUUUAAUGGUACUAAUGUGAGUAACAACGGGACACUCGGUGACCAGUUCCGCUCAUGUUGUGUAAUAACAGCGUAACAAACACUUGCGUCUCAGGAUGGGCUCUGGACAGAGCAGUGACAAACUGCACUGCAACCGCUACCUGGACGGGAAGGGUCCUCGGCCCCUGUCACAGCAAGCCACUUACGACAUGAAGGGGAAGAACAGAGGACUGAAUGACUGCCAGCCGGAGGGCCACAUGACCUGGAUGAUCCUCCCCAGAGACCUCCCGGGAUUCCCCGAGGACCACACCCUGCACGUCGACUUCACCUUCCCAGACGGGAUACAAACAGAGAAACAGCCCCACCCUGGCCGGCCCUACGCGGGGCUGCAGUGCUCCGCUUACCUGCCCGACAACCGGGACGGCAGGAAGGUUCUGCAGCUCCUGGACAAGGCUUUCGUGCAGCAGCUCCUGUUUGCCGUCACCACCAAUGCAGACGGACAGGACGCCGUCACCGCAGCUUCCGUCCCCCUUAAAACGCGAGCAGACGAAGGCCCUGACGGAUAUCCAGACUGUGACUACCUGGAGACGGUGACGAAGCUACUGAGGGAUAAAGGCCUUGAAUAACAUGCAUCACGCUGCCGGCUGGACAGACUUCCAGCCGUGUAAAUGGACAAUGUCCCGUACGACUCGGCUGUGAUUUAUUUUCGAGCAGUACAUGUAAAAUGAUGAACUCCCCUUUUGAACAGACACAUGAGUCCAUACAAUCUAUACAAGUUAAACCAACGGGGAAAAUGCUGCGGUUCAGGUGAAAGAGUUCUGUGAAAUAAUCACUCAAUACUGAAGUUAAAUCGUCAGUAAAUUGUAUUAUUUCAGAUAUUUUUUAACAAAGAAAUACAAAUCUGACAAUGAUUACCUGGAAGUGUGACAUGAAGUCACGUUGGCGGAGUGUGGUAUCCAGUUAAUGACGACUAAGCUGUGAAUAAAAAAAGGUCAUUUUGUGA